AUGUGCUCCCGACCUCUCCGAGUAGUACAACCACCACAGGAUAGGAAAAGCUCAGACAGUGGAGGCCGCCAUAUUUGUGUACGGAACCUAAACGCCCCGCCUCCUUACCCCCCCACCUCCAACAUUGCAGUGUCUAGGAGUUCACGUCACACUUCCAUUCUAACCAUAUUAAAGCCCCACAACAGUCCGGCCGUCUUUCUGUGUACCUACAGUGAGGUAAAAAGCCGUUGCUGUUGUUUUUUAAAAAGGCAAGUGUGCUGUAGAUACACGUACGCUCUGACCAAACGCCGCCUGAGGACCGCCCCUGUGAAACGGCUGCUCCUUCCGUACGGAAGUGGCCGUUCCGGGUGCGGCGAGGCGGCUGAGGUGACUCGACAGGCUGCGCCAUCUUGUUGUACGGACGCGGAGCGGGGGGAGGAGGAGGUGGAGGUGGGGGGAGAGGCAGGGCCGCCCGCGCGGCCUCCCGAGAUGGUGAUCUGCUGCGCGGCGCUGAAUUGCUCCAACCGGCAGGGCAAAGCUCCCCGGGGUCGAGCGGCCGUCUCCUUCCACAGGUAACCAGGGGGAGGGCAGGAACAGGUCGCACCUGGUGCUGGGAGGGCGACUCGAGCACAGUCCUGCCCAUCUCCUUCUCCGUGACAUACGUCGGGCAGGCGGGCGAGGAGCCUCCUGCUUUUCCUCCUCCUCCCCUGACGGGCUGAUGCCCCACGAAACAAGACGGGGUGCCCCGCUCGCAUACCUGGCUGCUUGCAUCCGCUCCCCCUUUUAUUACCUCGCCUCCACCCGCUCCCAGGCAGAUCGAGGGACAAAAGAGAAUCCCUUAUCCAUGUUCUUUCCGCCAAUACAACUCCGGCCACCUAACCUAAUUUUGAGAGAGGUGUGUCAGGGUUGUGCCCCCACCCCCCGGGAAGGCAGAGCAAGGCACUCUGCACAUGCUUCAUUAUGGGGAUGAUGACGAUGACGACACAUUGCCCCGUCCGUCCCUCACUUUCCCAUGUUUUAUAGCAGAAGCGCAACCUUUGAAAACAGGUUCCAGGGCGGGUACGUCCUGAACUCUAAAAGUAAGCCCCACUUUUAAGGUGUGGAGCACAGGUGUGAGUACAUAGCCUUCCUGUUUGUAAGUUUGCCUGUCUCGUCCUGUCAGAGUUCUGGGAAUAAGGUGAAUGCACCCAUUGGAGAAAGCAACUUGCCCACCAGGUGUGCAGGAAACAUCUCGGCAGAUGGCAACAAUUAGAAAUGCCUGAUUUUUUGCUUUUCUGGUAGCAUGCAAGAAGAGCAUUUCCUAGCGUUAAGAAAUAUGCCACACCCAUGCAUAUAGAAAUGACAAAUAGCUAAGUUGCAAAGAUAUGCAGAGUUUACUAUAAAUAACUUGAGAAAACAAUAUAUAUUUAUAAAUUGAGAAAAGAAGCAAAUUUCAUCCAGCCCAGCAUUUUUUUCCUAGCAGCAACCAAGAAUUCACAAUCAGGGCAAAAGGUAGAUUCUCAGCAAAGGGGUGCUGUCUCUGAUCUAGAGAAGGGCUGUGGAAUCUGUGGUCCUCCACAUGAUGUUGGACUCCUGAGUCUAGUCAAUUGAAUCCAACAUGACCAAUCGUCAGGGAUGAUGGGAGUCAUACUCCUCCAUAUUUUGCCCACAUGUUGUUGUUUUUCUUUUUGUAUUAGACUAUAUGCAGAUUUAGAUUACAUAAACUGUUCUGUCAUUGAGAGUAGCAAAGUUCAUUACAUUGUUUCUUAAAGUGGGACUGAUGACCAAAAGCUAUUGCUUUUGUCAAAGCACAGGCUUACUUCAGAUAUCAUAGUACAUCAAACCAUGGUUUGCUCUAACCAUAGGUUAGAGCAGGCAUAGGCAAACUCGGCCCUCCAGAUGUUUUGGGACUAUAAUUCCCAUCAUCCCAGCUAACAGGACCAGUGGUCAGGGAUGAUGGAAAUUGUAGCCUCAAAACAUCUGGCAGGCUGAGUUUACCUAUGCGUGGGUUAGAGCCCAAAUCAUGUUUUGAGCUUCCAAUGUACAAGCAAACCAUGGUUUAAAGCUGUUUGCUUUCAUUUUCCCUUUGCUUUGCACUCUAGAAAUGAAGCAAAGACCAUGACUAUAAUUUGUCAUUUCAGACAUAAUGUAGUUUGCAAGUGCAGAUACACUUCAAACCAUUACUUAUGAUUUUGGUUUGCUGACUGAUUGCAAAUCAUUACAUAUCAAUUCAGUCAGCAUGCUAAACCAUAAUAGUUAGAUCCUAUACACUUAACAUAGUGAGACUUAGUCAUUGGUAAACCUGCAGAGGAUUGCACUCCUUACUCAUGAUUUGGUAUGGCAUCUAAAUUGAGCAAAAUAAAUACUUUAUAAUGCCUACUUGGUCUGCAGCAGCUUCUGUUGUAACAGAAGUAACUAAUACUAAAGUGGACAUAGAUGAAAAAGGAAAAGUUGUCAUCCAACAAUGGCAUUUUGCACUAUGGGUGAACAGAAUUUGGAUAAGGAUAUCCCAGUAGAUAUAAUUUGCAGUAGAUCAGCAACAAUGCUGAUGUUAUUUAUUAUUACACUUAUAUCCUAGUUUUCCUUGAAUGAGGUAAAUACAGUGGUGCCUCGCAAGACGAAAUUAAUUCGUUCCGCGAGUUUUUUCGUCUUGCGGUUUUUUUCGUCUUGCGAAGCACGGUGUCGGAAAAGUUUUGGAAAAGCUUCAAAAAUCACCAAAGUCUUCAAAAACCUCAAAAAGGCUACCACAUCACGUGCUAUGAGUUGCUCCUCGAAGUCAAGUCGCAACUGUAUUAACGGUUUUAAGGAAACAAACUUGCAAGACGUUUCCGUCUUGCGAAGCAAGCCCAUAGGGAAAAUCGUCUUGCGAAGCAACUCAAAAAACCAAAAACCCUUUAGUUUUGCGAGUUUUCCGUCUUGCGAGGCAUUCGUCUUGCGAGGUACCACUGUAUAGCAUAUUUUUGAGUUGAACAUAUUACUUCUUCAUUGUUAAAGUAUGUCCUGCACCCCUGCCUGGCUUCAGUUGGAGGAUCUUGGAGAUCUAUUAAAAACACACACAUAAAGUAGAUCCGGCAAGCCACCCCCACAAUAGGUGAUCAUUUUGGCCUGUGGCACCACAGGUUUCCUGUUAGCUCCCAGAAUGCAUUUUGUCUGCUCAUGAUAGACAUGAGAUACUGGCAUAGUCUCCAUCCAACUUUUCAGUGUCAGGUGUAUUGAAUCAGAAGGCUUGACACUUGAAAACCCAUUUUUUCUGCCUUUGUGUUGAAGUGGUAACUUCAGACUGUUUUAUACCUUUCCUGAUAUUCUCUCCCUACAGUUUGGAAGAGUCUGUUUCACAAAGCAGGUUAAUGGGUUAGAUUGCCUCUCUCAUCAUGGAUACCUCGCCAAUAUAGUGGAGCCAGACAGAGUUUUUCUAUUCACACUAUUUGCUCUUUUAACUUUACAGUGCUGAUCAGGAUCUAUAGUGCCGUCAACAACACUUGACGUACCUUUAGAUGCACUUCUGCCUGAACCAAGACACAGGCAAACAGAUAAAUGCACACACAUUAUUUGGUGUGGCUUACAAUUUCUCUUCCCCAGAGUGAACAGUGGUAACCCCAGCAGUGUCUCCCCAUCCUCUCCUCUUAUUUGUCUGCAUCUCGCACUGCACUGGGAAGGAAGGUAGAAGGAUAUUUAUGUGCCAUCUGAGGAGAAAGUUGUUGAGGUCAGUGAUCUCAGACUAAGCUGGAAGACUGCAUAACUCCAUAUUAGGUCAGGGAUAGACAUAUAUUUCUGACUGGUACAAAUACAUUGUGAUAUGGUUAGCUGCUAAGCUCCCAAAUCUAGACUUAAGGUAUAGCAGGGAUAACCUAACUAGGGUACCAUAUAAAGUUCAGCAAUAGAUUACCAGUGGUGGUGGUGCCCUUACUAUAGUACUUUCCCUGUAGAAGACCCAUCUGUCCAGCUGCCUCUUAUCAUUCAGCCUGACCUAAUGCAAAGUUAGGUGAGUCUGAGCGCCUUGGAAAGAAAUAGGCUUAACCAUAUCCAACCCUGCAUAGGAGUUGCAGCUUUAGCAUAGCACUUAGCAGCUCAUUUAAAUCUGCUGGUUGGAUUGUAAGAAUUGUUUGCAAGUGGCUAAAUGAUAAAAAUAUGUUAACUGUCGUUAAUGUUACUGAAUUGUAUGUAUUUCUGUUUGCUGCAAGAACCGUUUUCAAUUAGUCCAGAGUUACUGCAUUUUUAAAAAGGAACAAAUAGGUUCAAAGCUGAAAGAGUCUUAACAUACAUGACAAAUUUUGAUUUGUAGAAAAUGUAAUUACUGCUGCAUCUUUCUGCACCCUGCAAUAUAAUCUUAACAGACUGUCUUUUUAUAAAAUUCAGGUUGCUCUUAAACGUAACUCAAUGUAUAAGCUACUUUGAAAAGCUCUAGGCAAAAAGCAUACACAGUAAUGCUUUUCCUUUACACUGUUUUGAAGGUUUCCCUUAAAGGAUUCAAAGAGACUGAUCCAGUGGUUAAAAGCAGUUCAGCGGGACAACUGGAUUCCCACCAAGUAUUCCUUUCUUUGCAGCGAGCACUUUACUAAAGACAGUUUUUCAAAACGGCACGAAGACCAGCACCGGCUGCUCAAGCCCACAGCUGUGCCAACCAUCUUCCAUAUUUCAGAGAAAAGAGGGGAGAGCAGGGAUUAUGUCAAAAGGAGGAGGAAAAUAGCAAGUCAGACUCUAGAAGGAGAUGGCGAUCAACCAAAGGAAGGAAGCGGUGAGGUAGUUGAGGGAAUCUUAUCAUCUGACCAAAACUUGAUAGUUCACGGGACUCAAGAAAUAGAGCAAGUGACUCUUCAAGCUGAAAUCAGGUCAAUGUCAGAGCAGGGAGAAAAUUUCCAGGACCAACUUGAAGGCUCCCUCAGGAGGAUGUUAGCAGAUAACCUAGUCACAAAAGUAACUCAAAAUAAGCCAGGAAAACUGACUCUGGAGGAUUGUUCUGAAGCAGUUAGCCAUUCUGGGAAUUUGAAAAUGGACAAAAGUGGUAUAUCGGAGGAUGACUUCACCCCUCCUGUGUCUGGCGCAUGCAAAUUUAUUGGCUCCCUUCACUCUUACAGCUUUUUCUCCAAGCACACUAGAGAGAGGUCAUCUUUUCCAAAAGAGCAACUAGAAAGGAAAAGGUUAAGGAGAAGUGUGGAUCCAAGCUGUAGUAGCAACACUCUGGAGCAGGAUACUAGUUUAACAGAAUCCUCCUCUACUUCCUCUCUCACUGCUAUCCCUCAGAAACCUUCCCAGAACAUGUCUGCUUCUCCUGCAGAUCUGACCCCUAAGCCAGCAACAGAAGCUGUUGUAGGUCAGAAGGGAGAAACGGAUGCCAACCCCAUGUCCAUCAAUGAGGUCAUCAUGUCUGCUUCAGGAGCCUGCAAGCUCAUUGAUUCCCUGCAUUCGUAUUGCUUCUCCUCUAGGCAGAGCAAAAGUCAAGUGUGCUGCUUGAGAGAACAGGUAGAGAAGAAGAAUGGAGAGCUAAAGCAGUUGAGACAAAAGAUCAGUCGCUCCGACAGCCAAGUUAGAAAGCUGAAGGAAAAACUAGAUGAACUGAAGAGGAUCAAUUUCCCAUGCCUGAGCAACCUGCUGUCCCAGGACUGUGGUCAGUAUCUUCUGCACUCUUAGCCAGGGCGAAACUGAUAUAAAAAUAUGAAGCCAUUUAGUUAAAUAUAAUGGGUGGGAUUCAGUGUUGCGUUAUAAUGAACAAUCACACACUGCAUGCAUUGCAGCUUGCCAGAUGGAACCACUGCCCCUCUUCUUCCCCUUCAGUGUUGAUUUGUGGGUUCUCCCAACUGCCCCUCGAGCCAAUUUCAGGGGGCACGCACUGAGAGGAGAGGGCAGGACUUCCCAUUGCACUAGCGGAAGUCCGUGUUGGGUGAAUUCUGCCCAUUUCCUUAAAAAUACCUUAUUAUUAUUGGUGAUAUAGCCUCCAGUUUUUGAAAAUGAAACUGCUUGCAAACUCUUAUGCUUUGUUGUUGAAACUAGGAUCGUCAGGUGCAAAAGAGGCCAAGCAACCCGCACAUUAAAUUGUCAUGUAAAAAAGAGAAUUUCAGCAGCAGGUGUGGCUUGUUAUGCAAGCCACAUCUGCUGAGAUUUCCUCUUUUAUACAACUAGGAAAGCUGCAGGUGUCCUACCCUAACCGAAACAUUCACACGUACAUUCCCCACCCAUACGCCAUGCACCAGUGCUCUGAAAUUUGAGGAGAGGAGGAAUAUUGUCCUUAGAAUUACAUUUUAGGGGUUUCGAUUGUUUGCAUUACUGCCUAUGGGUGAGUCAUUAAUAUGCCAGUUUUAAAACUUGUUUGAAAGUUGCUUGGGAAUCCGGUUUAUCCAUCAUAUACCUCUCAUUUAUGAAUAUCAUGAUUUCUCAGCAUGCUUUCCCUCUGAAUGUGUAGCUUUCUUGUAACCAAACACAGUUCAAUUUGACAUGCAGUUGGUACACUGUAAAAGGUAAAGUAAAGGUAAAGGGACCCCUGACCAUUAGGUCCAGUUGUUACCGACUCUGGGGUUGCGGUGUUCAUCUCGCUUUAUUGGCCGAGGAAGCCGGCGUACAGCUUCCGGGUCAUGUGGCCAGCAUGACUAAGCUGCUUCUGGCGAACCAGAGCAGCGCACUGAAACUCCGUUUACCUCCCUGCCAGAGCAGUACCUAUUUAUCUACUUGCACUUUGACGUGCUUUCGAACUGUUAGGUGGGCAGGAGCAGGGACCGAGCAACGGGAGCUCCCCCUGUCGCAGGGAUUCGAACCACCAACCUUCUGAUCGGCAAGUCCUAGGCUCUGUGGUUGGUUAUACCCAAAAUAAGAUGCAUUAUUUAAAAAAAAAUAUGCUGUUCAAGCCAUAGGCUUGCAAGACAGAUGCAGGCCUCCUGGCAUUUCUAGCCAUCCCAUGAAGCUCCUCCCAGGCCACACUCGUCACUAGACCUGCAUCCUCUGCAUGCUUUUGCCUGGCUGGAAUGCAUCCUUCUCUGAAUGAAGAACCAUGUGUAUGUGUGUGUACAAAACCUCUGACUUUUGCAUGGCAGGAAUGUAGCUUACUGUACAAAGUGACUUAUAGUGUUUUAAGGAAAAAACCAAAGACAUACAUACAUUAAAUCCAGCAUUAAAAAGACCGCCCGCAGAAAAAGCCCAUGUAUAGUUAAAAGCCAAGUGAAUGUUUUUGCCUGGCAACAAAAGGUAAGAGUCACAUCUGUUGCCUUUGGCUUACCUGCUACUGGCAUAUGACCUUGGAAGAUUUCCUUUGAGAUAAUAUGGUCCUUGAGCAAUCCUACCUUAGGCCAUUUCUUGUGUUCAGGAAGCAGACAGUGCAGAUUCAGUAGUGCUGAUGUGGCCAAGACCUGGCAAGUCAGGUGUUCCAGUGGAGUGUGUUUGUAUGUGUGCACCAAAAUCCUCAGAGCCCUGGAGGGGAAGGGGCCAAACUUCCUUCCUACUCCUCACAUCAGGGUUGUCUAGGUAUACUAGCCAAAUUUUGCCUGAAAUUUACUUGGAACAUCUCCCCAUUGGAGAACAAGAUCUGUAAGCUGAGGUAGGAUAAAACACUCUAGCCCCUGAGGACUGUGGAAGGUUUUGCCACACGUUCUCCUUUCCUUGCUGCCAAAGAGGUCAGUGGAAGUCAUUUGCCUAUAAGGGAAUAAGGGAGAGGUGGCAUGUGCAUACCUCUCCUGGCUGGAUUGUGAUGAAGGCGUUCAGAAUUCAUAUACGAAACCUAUUUACUACUAGAGGGUUUGAGACCAGGGGUGUGUAACCUGUAGCUGUCCAGCUGUGGCCAUCCCACCAACCCCAGGCAGCAUGGCCAGUGAUGGGAGAAGUAGUCCAGCAACAUCUGGAGGGCCACAGGUUAGCCUCCCCUGCUUUAGUUUGUUGUGCUGAUUUAGGCCAGUGUUGCUCAAACUUGGGUCCCCAGCUGUUGAACUACAACUCCCAUCAACUCUAGCUGGCAGGACCUUGCUAGCAGUGAUCAGGCUAUACCCCUGACUGUAAUUUGUUUUAACAGUUUUAAAUUUUAAAUUGUUGUAACUUGCCCUGGGACCUGCUGGUGAAGGGCAGGUAAUAACCUUAGUAACAACAACAACAACAACUUCUGAUUGAUGUUUUGAACAGUUGUUAAUUGUUUUGUGUGUGCUCUGUAGAGAAACAAGGAAUAUGUUUCUGUGUGGACACUGUUACUUACAGAUUACUUAGUCUCGUAAGAAUGAAAGAAACGAAGGACAAAGUUGUAGGCUCAAUAUGUAACUUUGCCUGACAAAAUCUCAAUUUGUAUGAAUUACUGAUGCAAUUUUGCUAAUCUGCAAUAUCAUACCCCUCAACUGUCUCGAUUUAAGCGGGACAUCCCAUUUUGGGGGGCUGUGCUCUUGCACAAGUCACGUGACUCCAUGGCCCCAAAAGACGUGUGUCCUGGUUUUCCUCUGGGACAUGUUAGAGGGUAUGCAAUAUUAUUGCUGAGAUGCAUAUUAUUUGCAAAUGUGUAUAUGUAAAGCCUUCCCCCUGCUUUAUGUUUUCCCCUUUGCAUCGCAGCAAAGGCUCCAAGUAGAAUUUUGCUAAUCAGCUAUACAGGUGGCAACCAUUUUAGGCAUCUCCAAUCAGUGCACAAUUACCGGCAUGCAGGUCCAUUUGGACCUGGAAGAGAGAAGAAUGGAGACGGGGUGGAGCAUAAUGGGCAGGGACGCACUUACGCACACUCCCCCGAUGUGUGCAGGGGCUGGGAACGGAACCCCUGCACAAAAUGAUCGCCAUCUGUACUAAUUGAUAAAACUCAAAUGUAAAUACAUAUAUGUUUGCCUUUAACUUCAUUUAUGUAGCUUAUCCUCAGUCUAUGAAAAGGCAAUAGCAGCCAGAAAGGAAUUGUGAGUCACAAUAUAUGCCAUACUUGUAGAUUUCUUCUCUCCAUAGCUUGCUUAAGCUAAACUACAAGUCCCAGAAUACACUGGGGUAACCUCUGUGUAGAGUCCCAAGGUUGUUUCCUGUCUUGUCUUACUAGAUUGCAUCACAGUGUUCCUGGAGAAUAGGGAAUGAUAAGCGAUCUAGAGUGAACAAGCUAAAAAUAAUCUUGCACGAUAUGGCCAGCAUUGAAACAGACACAGGUACAGUCUAAAAUGCUUAACACUUUUAUUGAAACACUUAAGACAUUCUGAAAACGGAGAUUUGGGUUCCAUUUGAGCCCUUCUUAAGUUUCAUGCCUGUUUAAAUUAUCCUGCAGGCCGUUGUUCUCAGCCUUUGUGUGCAGAGAUCUGUUGUCUCAACGGAGUGCAGCGCUCCUGUACUCUGCAACUUUACUUGGAGCUGCUAUAUGGUCCAUGGGAUUGUAUUCAGAAUGAGACCUCAGAAUUAUUCACUUGCUCCCUUGAUCCAAAUAGCUCAGUUAGUAGAGCAUGACGCUCUUAAUCUCAGGGUUGUGGGUUCAAACCUCACGUUGGACAAAAGAUUCCUGCAUUGCAGAGGGUUGGACUAGAUGACCAUUGUGGUCCCUUCCAGCUAUACAAUUAUGUGAUUCUAUUAUCUCUUCAUCAUGGGUAAAAGUUUACAAGUAAAACAUGGAAGAGCCCACAACCUUCCUAUUCAGUUCUGUUUAUGGUGAGAAGGGAACUUGGUUAACACACACUCUUGGCCACCCUCAGGGGUGUACAAUGAAAGUACAAUAAAAUAAUAUAUGCAUUAUUUAGCAAGUUUUAUAUAUGGCUUAAUAAAAAAAACCUAUACAGAGUUUACUUUAAAUAGUUUUAAAAUAGUAAUUAAGAAUAGGAAUCAAAGCAGACCAUACAGCAGUAGAAUCAAAUAUAUCUUAUUAGAAUCAACUUAUCAGUUGUAUUUAAGGAGAUUUUCCAAGGCAAUAUGUGUGCUUUGGAGUUGCACAAUAUGACAUUUAACAUGUACUGUAUGAAAGGUUGAGAAUGAGGAAGCAGAUGUACUGUAAAACACCCUGGGAUUCUCUUAUGUGGUUUUGUUUUUUUUUAAAAAAAUGGUAGCUGAUUAUGAAUCAGAUAAGAUUUUUGACCAGCUAGUCAGCUAACAUUUUGCACAAAUUUUCAGUUCACAUUCUUUCUGCAUUAGAGUAAAAAUAAACAUAGAUAUACUUACCGGUCGGGGCUGGAUGAUAAGUUGAAUAACUUUGAGUUGAAUUUCAACUUUAAGUCAGCAUUCUCUGGUAUCUCUGACCAACAACCUCUUAGUACAAAUCUAACAGAAAGCUUGUCAUCUUUUUUGCAGUCCAAUAUUCCUUUUCAAAUUGCAUGUGUUGAAAUGGAAUUUGUCGUGAAGAUACAACUGCAAAGGAUUCAGUGCCUUUGGAACUUUGCAAGUGUAUUUAGAUGAGCUCUUCCUGUAGUGAAUCUGGAAGGUCCAGCAGUGACCUCUCAAUUAUUCUUUGUUCUCAUUUAGUGAUACCAUUCCAGGUAACAAAAGUGACAAAAGUAACAAAAAAAAGGAGCAGAUAAUACGGAUCCAUGUUACACCCUUUCAGGGAAGGCUGCUUUGAAUUGCUGUAUUAUUACUUGAGCCACUAGAUGGUAGCAAAAACCACAUUUUCAGCUUUGCAAGCUUCCCUGUUUUUAUCUUAUAAAUUAAUGGACUCUAGUCUACAAAAGUUAAGUCAUAAUAAAUUCUUAAAGUUGCCGCAAGUCUCUUUGUUAUAAACUGCAUAUGUUCUUCAAGGAAGAGAGGUCAGACUUUUGCAUGACCUUAUACUACCGUAAUUGCAUGGAAAUUGUGCUUUGUCAUAAAUAUUGCCACACUUUUUUUUUUCACUGAUAAAUUUUUAUUGGUAUUAUACAUAUAUACAUAUAAACUUAUACAAAGUCCAAUACUUAAAUUACACAUAAUAUAUUCAUUCCAUAAAUCAUAAAUACAUUUAUUUUAGGCUCUGCCAAGCCUUGAACUUCCUUCCACUCCUUUGGUAAGUAUCAAAUAGACUUUAUAUUCACGUAUUUUAUCUCUUUUACAUAAUAACCUUUUACUGUUAGAGUUAUUCCAAUCCCGCCAGUGUCGUUUAAAGUUUAGUCCCAAUAUAUAUCCAAAAAUAUUGCCACACUUUUAAGCUUAAGGAGAUGGAAGGAAAAGAGAUUUCACUGAAAUCUGCCCAGAUAAAGAGAGCUUUUCAGAAUAGCUCAUCACCCAUCACACUUCGCACUGCUCUAUGUAGAAUAAAGUUAGCUUUGAAAUAUCCUUUUAUGCCCAUUUGAUUGUAUUUUUUUAAAAAUUGAAAAAGAUUAGACUUGCCUAACACAAGCAUAACAUUAGUACAUAAACCAAAAUAAUAAAUAGACCACCAAAAUAUAUACUCGCAAGUUAUAAUUUCUUCUUCACAACAAAAAUAAUUCUUAUUUACUCUGCUUUCAACAAUUGGAAAGCACCCCAUAUAAAAUAAAAUUAUACCUAAAGAUAUAGAUAUUGUCCCUGAUGCAAAUAAGUGUUUCGUCCCUGCCUGCCCCUGCAGUACUAUACCACUUGCAUGGAAUGCUUGCCAUCUUGCAUGGAGCAGUCAAAUUUUUAAAAGGACAAGCCAGUCUGUAGAAUUCUGUGUGUUCAUUUUUAAAGAAAGUGUGCUUUGGGUGCUUGUAGACAGGGGUACUAUAUUGAAGAGUUACAGUGGUAAUUUAAUUAUAAAAAACAUCCAUUUUACCAUACCAAUAUCAUCUUCUUAUUUGAGCUAUCAUCAAAGAACAAGAAAAUCAGAUACUGCUGGACGUUAGCAGACAUUUGAGAACGCUGAGGUCAGGUGUUCAUGCAAGGCAUAGUUAUGUCAGUCUUGUGUACCGUUAAUCACUCAUUCAUCUGGCUUGAGCCUUGAAUGGGACCAUUCCUGUUAGGAAGCAGGGAAGGCUACAGUGCUUUGUUCUGGUUCAUACUUGUGUUUCCCAACUUAUAGGUUAUAGCUUUGUUAUGACAUUGCUUUCUCGGUCUAAAAUAAUGCUUGCCAUUGAUACAGUUAUUUGUAUAUAGCUAGUAGCUCUUUGUGUACACAUAUAUAGCUAUUUGAAUGUGUGGCAGCACAUUCAGUAUUAAUAUGAAGGGGACUUGGGUGUGUACAGCUUUGCCCAGGUCUGGUUUUCCAGCUGAAAUUUUUCCAUGCCUGAAAAUUUAUGUUAGCCUCAUUUAGGAAAAUGACAUACUUGUAUUAUUUCUUCUUCUUGUCUCCAGGACUGUGAACAUUCCAGCAGUUUUUCUUUGACGGUGGGGUAAUUAUGCCCUUCCCCAGCAUUGCUGCUUUGAUUGCAGGUCUUCUCUGUAACAUAUAGUUUGACCCUGAGGGGGGUAAGAAAUGGUCAAGGAGCCUAUAUGCACAUAGCUAGUCAAAAUUUUAUUUCGAGCCAGGUUUGUAAAAUAUGAAAUUUGUUUUGAACUUUUGACCUACCUCAACUCUCAUGUGGCCAGAGCUGGAUAAAAACAGAUACAAUGAAAGAGGAUGGUAGAACACGCAACAUGGCUACUGGGAACUGUCUCACCAAUGCAAAGUAGUUGGCCAACAUUGAUGUGGUAAGAGCUAAUUGCCCAAAGUCUUGGUGCAGUUUGCUUAUCCUCAGUCUCUCUCUUCUCACAGAAACCCCGCAGUUGAACCCUGUGGUUGAGCCUCUCUCCUGGAUGCUGGGCACCUGGCUGUCAGACCCCCCAGGAGAUGGUACCUUCCCUUCAAUGAAGCCCUUUCAAUACCUCGAAGAAGUGUGCAUCUCUCACGUGGGGCAACCUAUGCUGAAUUUUUCGUAAGUUUCCUUAUUUUUGAGGGGUUUUUCUGCAACAGGGACACCUUAAAGUAAUCUGUGUUGUUUAUCAAAUGAGACUGUUAGUGAGGUACAAGCUAAGAAUCAAUUUAAAUAAAAUCAGUGCGUAGAAUAUAAAUAAAUUAUUCCUAGAAAUAGACAUCCUGUUUUUCAGAAGCUGCGAAGCAGCUAUUAACCUAUCACACAUAGAUUUUUACAUUUAGUUGUCAUCCUUAGUGAUGCAGUCAGUUUUCUUAAAGACCUCAAACAUAAAUGAAAGGACAAAAGUAACACCUCCAAAUCCCUACUAGUAAUUCUAGUGCAAAAUUGAGUUCCCAGGAACUUUAAGAAAGUAAAUAGGCAGCAAAAUCUUUAAAAGCCCCUUAUGCUCUUGUUUUCCCCCUGCUUCCCAUUCCCUCCCAGUGCUCCGAUCCUGUGUGUGCCUGGGAAAGGUAACAGCAGGGCAUAUGGUGGAAGAGGCAGUGGUAGCUGCAGGGUCAAGGUAGCUAUGCAACUGUUUGUGGGUUCACCAAGGAAUUGGGUGUCUAGGGAUCAUAGACUUUGUAAAUAAGACCCCAAAAUUUACUAGUCAGCAACAUUUAUACUGCCCUGCUAAGAGGAGGUUUUUCCUCAAACUUUGGCCUUCUACCAAGUAGAUUGGAGAUGACCCUCCUCCACCAGCCUAGUUAUUCACCUGCAUGGAAUUCCUUUUAUGCAUGGCUGCCAGGUGAUUUGUUGAAUACAAGUCUGUCACAUUAGCUGGGGGAAAGCAGCAGUGGCUGUAUGAUGGAUUUGGGAACAAUAGAUUGAAGGGGCUUCAAUGGCAUAGGAAUGUGUUGCGGGGGAACAGUGGUCAUAUGGGAUGUUGUGAUAUAGUAGUUCUGGACGCUUUCUUUUAGUUGGCGUAAGUGCUUAAUGGGGUCCUUCCUGGUAGCCUGGGAAUGGAAUGUUUUUUCCAGAGCCAAGCAAGAGUGGGCGUGAUCAAAUGUAUGAUUUAUUAUCCUCCAGGCAUUACAAAUAUUUUUUUUCAAUAUAUUUUUGAAAUUUUUCCAGCUCUCUUGAUUCAAAAAAAGAUGCAUUUCUGUAUAAGCACAAAUGGAAAGUUGGAAAUGUAACAUGUUUUGGUUUUGAGAAAAACAGUUUUUCUUAGAAUUUUGAGCAAUCCUUUGCGUUCUUAAAAUGGAAAGUGCAAUUUGAGAGUUGAAAGGAUGUUCACCUGAUGCUGUUGUAAAGAUAAACAAACACCUCCUCAAUGAUGGCAAUUAUGCAUGAUAUUAUUUUCUCAAAGCCAUGGCUUCCCCCCAGGAGGUACUCAAGGGUACGCAGUACCAGCAUCUCUUUUUGUUGUUGUUAAAAACUGUGGAACUUACUGUAACAACUUUGUGGUGAAUACUGGCACCUAUUUUUCGGGGGGAGGGAGGGAGCACUUCUUAAAGCUGCUAGUUUUUAUAUCCUCUAAAAAGUGGUCGGUUCAGUAUGCUUUGGAAUUUAAUGCACUAUGGCACAUGCCUAUUCUAGCUGCAUAACUCUUUCUGCUGAAUUACCCAGCUGAAAUAUGGAUUUUCACUAAUUGGGAAGAUUUGAACCCCUAUAAUGUUGCUUUAAAGGAAGAGUUGUGUUUUAAAAUAUUACUUACCAGCUGAUUCUGUAAAUGGCAAAAUUGCCUUGCUCCUUGGGGACUGUUUAGGCCAAAAGUGAGCAUCCAUUCUUUCUCUGCAUGACCUCUGCAGAAAUGCAGUGUAGGAAAUGAUCCAGAAACAUCAUAAAUGUGGGAGAGGUAAUAGGGCGGUUAUGGAAGAAAGCAUUCUUUGCUGCCGACAUGACAUUUGGACCUGAUGUAUAAAAUCAGCACUUUUUUUACUAGCACAGUUCUGUAGUUUUUAAAAGAACUGUUCAGGAGUGCUAUGUGUAAGGAAACUUGUAUUACUGCAGCGUUUUAUGUCGAGGAAGAAGAACACUGUCAUACUACUCCUGCGGUGACAGGUACACCUCAAUAUUCCUUAUUAGGAGUUGCUGGAGUUGCCAAGUAAAAUGAAAAAUAUCAUAGAAUCAUAGAAUCAUAGAAUCAUAGAAUCAUAGAGUUGGAAGAGACCACAAGGGCCAUCGAGUCCAACCCCCUGCCAAGCAGGAACACCAUCAGAGCACUCCUGACAUAUGGUUGUCAAGCCUCUGCUUAAAGACCUCCAAAGAAGGAGACUCCACCACACUCCUUGGCAGCAAAUUCCACUGUCGAACAGCUCUUACUGUCAGGAAGUUCUUCCUAAUGUUUAGGUGGAAUCUUCUUUCUUGUAGUUUGGAUCCAUUGCUCCGUGUCCGCUUCUCUGGAGCAGCAGAAAACAACCUUUCUCCCUCCUCUAUGUGACAUCCUUUUAUAUAUUUGAACAUGGCUAUCAUAUCACCCCUUAACCUCCUCUUCUCCAGGCUAAACAUGCCCAGCUCUCUUAGCCGUUCCUCAUAAGGCAUCGUUUCCAGGCCUUUGACCAUUUUGGUUGCCCUCCUCUGGACACGUUCCAGUUUGUCAAUGUCCUUCUUGAACUGUGGUGCCCAGAACUGGACACAGUACUCCAGGUGAGGUCUGACCAGAGCAGAAUACAGUGGCACUAUUACUUCCCUUGAUCUAGAUGCUAUACUCCUAUUGAUGCAGCCCAGAAUUGCAUUGGCUUUUUUAGCUGCCGCGUCACACUGUUGGCUCAUGUCAAGUUUGUGGUCAACCAAGACUCCUAGAUCCUUUUCACAUGUACUGCUCUCAAGCCAGGUGUCCCCCAUCUUGUAUUUGUGCCUCUCAUUUUUUUGCCCAAGUGCAAUACUUUACAUUUCUCCCUGUUAAAAUUCAUCUUGUUUGUUUUGGCCCAGUUCUCUAAUCUGUCAAGGUCGUUUUGAAGUGUGAUCCUGUCCUCUGGGGUGUUAGCCACCCCUCCCAAUUUGGUGUCAUCUGCAAAUUUGAUCAGGAUGCCCUUGAGUCCAUCAUCCAAGUCGUUGAUAAAGAUGUUGAAUAAGACCGGGCCCAAGACAGAACCCUGUGGCACCCCACUAGUCACUCUUCUCCAGGAUGAAGAGGAACCAUUGAUGAGCACCCUUUGGGUUCGGUCAGUCAGCCAGUUACAAAUCCACUGAGUGGUAGCAUAGUCAAGACCGCAUUUUACUAGCUUCUUUACAAGAAUAUCAUGAGGCACCUUGUCAAAUGCCUUGCUGAAAUCAAGGUAGGCUACAUCCACUGCGUUCCCUUCAUCUACCAGGCUUGUAACUCUGUCAAAAAACGAGAUCAGGUUAGUCUGACAUGACUUAUUUUUCAGAAAUCCAUGCUGACUGUUGGUGAUCACAGCAUUCCUUUCUAGGUGCUCACAGACUGUUUGCUUAAUGAUCUGCUCCAGAAUCUUCCCUGGUAUUGAUGUCAGACUGACUGGGCGGUAAUUAUUUGGGUCCUCUCUUUUCCCCUUUUUGAAAAUAGGGACAACAUUUGCCCUCCUCCAGUCUGCCGGGACUUCGCCUGUUCUCCAGGAAUUCUCAAAGAUGACUGCCAGUGGUUCUGAGAUCACAUCUGCCAGUUCUUUUAAUACUCUUGGAUGCAGUUCAUCUGGCCCUUGAGACUUGAAUACAUCUAAACUAGCCAAGUAUUCUUGUACUAUGUCCUUAGUUAUUCUGGGCUGUGUUUCCUUUGCUGAAUCAUUUGCUCCAAAUUCUUCAGGUCGGGCAUUGUUUUCUUUAUCGGAGAAGACUGAGGCAAAGAAGGCAUUGAGGAGUUCAGCCCUUUCUGUGUCCCCUGUUUGCAUUUCACCAUCUUCUCCUCUGAGUGACCCCACUGUUUCUUUGUUCUUCCUUUUGCUACGGACAUACCCAUAAAAGCCUUUUUGUUGCUUUUAACCUCUCUAGCAAGCCUGAGUUCAUUCUGUGCUUUAGCUUUUCUGACUUUGUGUCUACACGUGCUGGCUAUUUGUUUGAAUUCCUCUUUGGUGGUUUCCCCCUUUUCCAUUUUUGUACACAUCCUUUUUAAUCUUAACUCAGUUAAAAGUUCUUUAGAUAGCCACCCUGGCUUCUUUAGGCACCUUCCAUGUUUCUGUCUCAUUGGUAUUGCCUGACGUUGUGCUUUUAGUAUCUCCCUCUUAACAAACUCCCAGCCAUCAUGAACUCCCUUUCCUUUUAGUAUUACUGUCCAUGGGAUCUCACCCAGCACUUCCCUAAGUUUUAUGAAGUCAGCUUUCUUAAAGUCAAGAAAUUGAGUCCUAGUAUGCUUGGCUGCUCCUUUCCGCUGUAUAGUAAACUUCAGAAGAGCAUGAUCACUUGCGCCUAAUGAUCCUUCCACUUCUACCCCACUAACCAGGUCAUCAACAUUGGUUAGGACCAGAUCUAAAAUGGCUGUUCCUCUUGUUGCUUCUCCCACUUUCUGGACAAUGAAGUUGUCUGCAAGGCCAGUGAGGAAUCUGUUUGACCUUAUGCUCUUGGCUGAGUUUGACAUCCAACAAAUAUCCGGGUAAUUGAAGUCCCCCAUUACUACUAUCUCCCUUCCUUUUGCAUGCUUGGCCAUCUGUUCCAGGAAGGCAUCAUCUAUGUCCUCCGUUUGGCUUGGGGAUCUGUAGUAAACUCCCACAAUGAGGUCACUGUUAUUCUUCUCUCCCUUAAUUUUGACCCAAAUGCUCUCACUUUGGUUUUGAGGUUCUAAAUCUUGGAUCUCUUCACAGGUAUACACAUCCCUGACAUAUAACGCCACUCCUCCUCCUUUCUUGUCUGGUCUGUUUCUCUGAAAUAGAUUGUAUCCCCCAUUAUUACAUUCCAAUCGUGGGACUUAUCCCACCAGGUUUCAGUGAUGCCUAUUAUGUCAUAUUUAGUUUGCUGUACCAAGAGCUCAAGCUCAUCUUGUUUAUUUCCCAUGCUUUGCGCAUUAGUGUACAGACAUUGAAGUCCAUUAAUCAUUCCCCGUGACUCUUAUUUAAGGAUUUUUCCUCCCACCACUAGGUCUGUGUGCUGUUUGCUCCAUUUGGUCUAUGACAUUUGGAUGAUCAUCUUCAUCAAUUGAUAGACUCCUACCUUCAGGAGCACUGUCUCCCUCCCCACAUUAGUCAGUUUAAAGCCCUCCUGAUGAGGUUUCUGAGAUUUUUGGCAAAAACAUUUCUCCCAACCGUUGUGAGGUGCAGCCCAUCGCUUGCCAGAAGUCCAUCUUCAAGAAACUGCAGUCCGUGAUCUAAGAAUCCAAACCGUUCCUGUUUACACCAUUUGCGAAGCCAGCUGUUCACUUCCACUAUUUUCCCCUCUCUCCCUGGACCACGUCGUUCAACUGGGAGGACAGAUGAGAUCACAAUUUGUGCAUUUAAUUGCUUCAAUUUCCUGCCCAGAGCCUCGUAGUCUCUUUUGAUCUUCUGGAGGCUAUUGCUUGCAGUGUCAUUGGUUCCCACAUGAACCAAGAGGAAGGGGUAUUUGUCAGUGGGUUUUAUGAUUCCUUGCAGUCGUUCAGUUACAUCUUGGAUCUUAGCCCCGGGAGACAGCACACUUCCCGAGACAUCUUGUCAGGCCCACAGAUCACUGCUUCUGUUCCCCUCAGUAGGGAAUCCCCUAUCACCACUACACGCCUCCUCUUAGGUUUGGUCGGGGUUCUUCCGUGAGCUGUCCGCUCCAAGGUCGCCUGCACAUUCCCUGAGGACUGACUUUGCUGCUCGUCUUCAUAUACCUGAUCGACUGUAAUGAGGGAGAGAUCCUCAAAUGGAGUCUGCUCUUCGUCUUCCAUGCUAGGGGAGAGGACCUCAAAGCGAUUGUGUAUUUCUAAACAAUCAGAGCGAACCCUGGGCCUCCUACUUCUUUGAGUCACGUUUCUCCAUAUAUCUGGCUCCUGUGUUGGUGAACUAGCGUCCUUCUCAGGGAGUCCCCCGUCUCCUCCUUGGUGGAGACGGUGUGCUCUGUUGCUUCCAAGAACAGCUCCAGCUCUCUAAUUCUUUGUAGCGUAGCUACACGUUCCUCCAGUUGCUGGACCUUGUCUUUUAAGAGGGCAAUCAACAUGCAAUUGCUGCAGGUAAAGCUGCCUGCAACCUUUGGCAAGAUGGCAAACAUUGCGCAGGAACCGCAGGCGACUGCAGCUGUUCCCUCCCCCUCCAUCUUGUUAACGUGUCGUUGGGGGUGGCUACAGCAGUCCUCCAUCAUAAAAAGCGUGGAGACAGGAAAAAUAACUCCUCCCACAAAAAAAACCUAGGUCUCCCCCCACAAACGUUUGAGACUAGCUCCCCUAAAUCUACAAGAUGGAUCAAACUGCGCGCGCCGCUAGGCGCGCGCCGCUGCCCUACAAUCUCUGAUAAGCUCCUCCCACAGCUAAUCACCUGCCUCAACAGAAACCCUGCCCCCUCUGACCUUUGCACAGGUAGAGCAGCCAAUCAGCCACAAAGAAACACACACACACACACACAAGAAAACCCUUUUGCUCCUUCUUCAACUGCUGCCCUGCAAUCUCUGAUAAGCUCCUCCCACAGCUAAUCACCUGCCUCAACAGAAACCCUGCCCCCUCUGACCUUUGCACAGGGAGAGCAGCCAAUCAGCCACAAAGAAACACACACACACAAGAAAACCCUUUUUGCUCCUUCUUCAACUGCUGCCCUGCAAUCUCUGAUGAUAUAUACUCUGACAAGUAUCUAAUGGGACAGGCAAAAAUGCACUGCAUAGUUAAAAGAAUGUACAAAUUUCCAAGAGAGGAAAAAAGAUAUCCAAGAAACUAUCUUCAGCCAUAUGUGAGUGAACAUAAGUUAGAAAUGCCCUUAACUUCAGUGGGUCUACUCUGAAUAGGACUUGCAUUGAAUAUGAUCCUAUACUUCUUAAAUGGGACUUCAGGUUUACUGUUUGUUGAGGACAGGUAUGGGAGCACUAUUUUCAUUUCAUACAGAUGAUGCUGAAAAAGCUGGAUGAGUUCUAGUUUCUGUGGAGGAUGUGUUUACAGAGGCAUGGUAAUGUUAGUAUCCUCCUAUCCUAAUAGAUUCAACGCCUUCCAUCCAGACACCAGGAAACCGAUGCACCGAGAAUGUGGAUUUAUCCGCAUCAAACCUGACACUAACAAGGUGGCCUUCAUCAGUGCUCAGAAUACAGGUACUAGCCUAAUUACAUUAGCAGGUUUUCUCCUCUUUCUCCUUUAAAACCAGCUUCCCUUAAAGCAUUCAGAAAGUGGCUUGAUGCCGUACUUUCAACAAAUCUCUCUUGCCUGCUUAUAAGCCAAGUGUUGUCUUGUAUUCCAGCUCUAUGAACUGUGUCAGUAUUAAUAAUUUCUCUUCUUGAUCCAGGUUUGGUAGAGGUGGAGGAAGGAGAAGUUAAUGGGCAGGAGCUUUCUAUAGCUUCCCACUCUGUAGCAAGGAUCUCAUUUGCCAAGAAACCCCAUGUAGAGCAAGUGAGUAUAUUUAAGUGUGGUCCAGCUGAACUGGUAUGACAAAUCCGUACUCGGCAUUCUGUUGCCUGCCUGAAGAGUUAUAUGAUAUCUCCCAACCCAGGGCAUGUACACAAGGUGAAAUGGGCAGCUCGAAAGAGACCACUAAAGAGCGGAAGAGAGCAACUAACAUCUGUAGCUAUGAACUUCAGUGGUUAAGGAUUUGAACCCUUAGUCAGCCGGCAAGCAGACUGCAAACAACUACCGAAAUUUGGGGGAUAAAACAGAUAGGGUUCAGUUCCUGCAGAAGGGAGAUGCUGAAGUGACUACAAGAAAGCUUUUGUGUAUUCUGGCAGUGGCAGCUAUUUUAGAUGCUGAAGGUGGGAAGAGCAUCAAGGCUAGAACCCAAAUUUCCUAUAGCUCCACAGACUUGAGCUCCACAUCUCAGGAAAUGGCCGAAGGCAGACUCAUGAUGGGGCCUUUGAACUCACUAGUACAGUAGAACCACUUAGACCACAAGAGGUCCCAGAUAUGGCCAAGGAUUAUGAUCUCACACAGGAAAAGGGUGGAGAGGGAGAUGUGCCUGCAAUUAUAUAGCUAAUCAGAAAGAGUGGUGCAGGGCCUCACUGGAUAAGUGUCUGACUCAUUCAUGCCCCAGGAAGCCUUUAACUUUGACAUUCUCUUCAGCCCUACCUAGUUUUUGUAACUGAUUUCCAAUAUCUGUCGAUUUUUAUACCCAGCAGACCUUUCUAUCAAUCUGUCUCCCCACAGAUUGGCAGCAGCACUGCUUGGUUGAUAGUUACACUAGCAGAAACUGCUCAUACUCAGAAGUUGCAAAACUCUGACCAAAAUGUGUACCCCUGACUUGAUAGGAUAUUUUAGUGAAUAUUCUCCCUCCUGCCUACAACCUCUGUGGCACAUGUCAAGGCUGUGGUUACCUAAUUUUGGGGACCCUCAUUUACCCCAACAAGACUGGUUGGUUGGGGUUUCAGAAGCAGGAACAAAUUUUCAGUAUUUUGUACCAGACAUUCCCAGUCUUUCAACAGUCCUGACUUUUCCUUCCUCUUGAAUUGAAUAGUAGGUUUCUCUCUGGCUGGCCUGAUACUAUACAGAAGAGACAAAAAUUGUCCUCAGGUGUCCUUUGGCUAUUUUAAUAUGGAUGUCUGCCCUGAGAAGGCCCCUGGUUUGUAGAGAGACAGAAAUGUCCUGUCCCUGGGCUGUUUACCUUGCUGAGCCUUAAUUAAGACUUGGAUGAAAGGAGGCGCAUUUAUCUUGGUGCUUGCCACCGCUUUCUCUGCUCUGUUAGAAGGCAACACAAGAAAACACCAUGCUGAUGGAGUGCUUGCUGGCUCCGCAGGCUGUAACUGUGCAUAGGUGUUGUAAAAAAAAACAAAAAAAAAAGUUGCUAGACCCCCCCACUUUCUUACCUGAUCUCAAGGAUUUCAUCUGUUCAAGAAUUUCUCAUACCUCUAGCCAACAGGUCUCUUCUCUUCGUAGGACUGUCCCUCCCACCUCCCUCCCUCCCUUUUCUUUUCUUUUUUCUUUGUAUACAUAUUUUCCUCUUCAUGUUGUUCACAUAAUUUCAUGUAAGGCAUAUUGCUCUUUUAAUAAUAAUUUUUAUUAUUUGGUAGCACUGCACAAGGUCUUAGAGUAACAUUCCUCAUCAGGCAGCCUUGACUCUUGCAGUUGAAGAACUUAGCAGAGCAAACACAUUCCCUUGGGGGAGAAAAAAGACAAAGUCAAGUAGACAGUCUGCUUCUAUAAAAUUUAAAGCAGCUCUGUUCAUCCUCAUAUUUCAUGCUACUGUGAGAUCUGUGCCAAUUUUUAAAAAAUGCAUUAAGCACUUGGUAGAAGAGGUAAAACGAGAACAGCAAUAGAGGACCUGAGAAAAAUAUUGAGGUCAGAGAAAUGACAGAGAAAUGAAAGGUCAUGUCUAUUUUGUAGAAGGGCGGCUGCUGAGAGAGGGCUACUGUCAACCUUCCCUCUAAUAGGGAACUUGGGUAGUGAGUGCCAACAGAAAUGGGACCACUGAGAAACAAGAGGGAGGCAUUGGCACAUUCAGUGGAACUCCAAGAUUUACAGAAGUGCACAACUAUAUAUUAAAACAAACAAUGUUCAUUGGCCAUGGAAGGCUGAGUAUCAGUUGAAAGAAAAAAGCGGGGAACUGAUGUGUGUAGAUGGAAGGCUCCCCGAAGCAAACUGACUGGCUUGAACCCUGAACAAGAGGAGUCCUAUUAGGAAAUGAUAAUACAUUGGAACAUUCUGUUGCAGAUCCUAAUUGUUUCUACUGAAGAUGAACUCAGGUGACUGAGUGUCAAUCAGUUUGGAAGCUAAAUGGGGCCACUCAAAAGUCAGGGAUUCAUUUCUAGAUAACAGCAAGCUCCCAGAUAUGCAGAAUUAUGUAAUAUUAUGAAUUAUAAAGAAAGAGGAUUUUAUUAAAAUAAAAAAGUAAUUGUGAGGCCCCAGGGUGGGGGUACCUAGUGCCUUCUAGAUGUUAUUGGACUACAACUCUUAGCAUCCCUAUAAAAGAGUUUUUAACCAUUUAGUUAAUGUAAAAUUUUGGUGGCCAGUUAAAAAUAUAAUUAUCCCACGUUUCACAGAUGUUCUGAAACGAGCCUACGCACACCGGACCCUUACAUUUUUCAUUUUUCUUGACUACUGCCUAACAACAAAACCACAUCCCACAAAGAUACUCAGAAUAUCUAUUUACGACCUUUUGUAAACUGCUUGUUUACAAACAUUCACCCUUUUAUAUCUCUGUUGCUUAUAGCUGUCCAAUACAUAAUGUUAAAAUAGUUUGAAUAAUUUUGGACUGUGGAACUAAUUUAAUUUAUUGGUACAUUUAACCUACAUUGUUAUGUAAGUACCCUGCAUCUGUGGCAAAGCAAUGCUAACGGUAUUCCAGUAUACUUCUGUUUAUAUUCUAGUGACUUGUCUGAGGGUGGGUGCUUCAAAAAUGCAACAUACCACUUAGUUCAUUGUAGAGAUGUCAAGGUUUGCCACUGUUAAAAACAUUUGAUAAAAAUAGCUCCUGAAUUUCCAGUCAAAGCAUUGUAGAAUUUAGAGUUGGGAAAGGCACAGGCUGCAAUUUGAAUGUAACUGGGUGCAUUACAAGAAGAAGCCUGGCCUCUCCUCCCUUGGCUUAUAUGCUAUUUCCUCCCCCUCUCCUCUAGCACUAACAUAAGGAGAUGAGAAACUUCCACUUCCAUUUUAGAUUAACCACAAGUAACCUUGUUUGAACACUAAACUAUGUUUGACGUUUGCUGCGGUUGGUGAAAGCAAGUCAACUUCAUAAUCUCCAGUUUGAGUGUGCUCAAGCCCACCUAUAAUGCAAAACACACACACACAAGGUUCACCUGCAAAGCAUGUUAUCUGAAAAGCAAGGUAAUUAUCAGUACGUAUUAAAGGUUUAAUGUACUAAAUAUUAAGGCCCUGAUAAAUCAAGAACAUGAAAAAGCAAGACCACUCACUCUUCAUAUUAAUUCAGUUCCAACACUGGAACAAUAACACCAGAGGUUUGUUUAUUCAGGUUUCAUCCUGUUCCAUCCAUUCCCUUAAGAAUUUCUGCAGCCGCAGGGCAACUUACAGUUGCUGUUGAGUUCCUUUUGGAGGGAGGGGGGAAGCAAACUCCCAGAAGCUAUAGGUCUUCCAGCCAGUUGCUGGGGUCAAGCUAAUCUUUCUAUUGCUGGCGAGAGCAGCAGGAGACACAUCCCUGUUCACCCAUGUCUCCUUUACCUUGUCUCAGAUUAUCUUGCCUGUAACGUUUGGGAUACAUUUCCUGGGUGAUUAUGUAAAAAUUACCAAUAUUCAGCAGUUUGUUUUAAAAGGGGGAAAGUAUUUUAUUCUGUAGACCUCUUCAAAUAAAGACAGGAAAUUGAUUUUACUGGUGCGGUUUGUGUUUGCAUUUCCUCACAAUAUAUGGUUCCAAAUAACAAGUGUAUUAGAGAGCUUUCAUGGAGCUGAAGUUUUUCUGUUUCGAUAGCUGCAUAUUGGUGGGGUGUGGGUGUUUUUGCUGCAAUUGUACUUAACAAAAUAACUUUUGGCAGGGUUUCUUUGGCAGGGAUCCCGCAGUCCCGGAUAUCUCCACUCUUCUUUAAAAACCAUGUUAACUAUGGCAAAAAAGGGUAAAGGGCACCAACUUAGCAUACACAAAAUCUUGGAUUGUGUGCAGAAAUCUUUUACUGAAAUAAGCGGAGGGGCCUUGUUGGCCUCUGCCAAAAUGUGCUCUGACUACAGUGCCUUGCUUUACACUUAUGGGCUGUUUGGUGCAAGAUCCCCAGUAUUCCAUAGCUAUCAAAUUCUAAAUUAUUCUCUCCCCUCUCCCCUUUAUUUAAUAUGUUAAAUCCAAUUCUCCAUCACGGUUUUCUUCAAUUUCAGCAUUGUAAUUCCUUGCCUUCGUAUUCUCAUACUUGGUUUAACCCUAGCUUGGCAAAUUGGAAGCAGAAGAUGCUUUCAAAUGAGGCACAAUGCUGAGUAAAGCAAUCACAAAUGAUUAGCAGUGGGUUUUGUUUUCCUUCACUAUUUUGUCUUGUGUGUUCACUAUUUUGUCUUGUUUUGUCUCCAUGGUUGUUGAAAGGUUGAGUGAUCUCAGAGCAGGAUCCUGGUACAAAAUAUAAGCAAAAAAUCUUGAACAAAAUAGUUCACCUUUUUCCUGAUUUAUGGGAUAUAUUAUCUGUUCCUCUUGAAUUAUACUUGGUGGUGAUAUAAGCAGGCCUUCAUAUUUUCUCUGUAGAAUUUUGCAGGGAUGAGCCAUUUUGCUUCCCAGUCCUGAGGACACAGAUUUGGUUCAAGUCAUUGGACAGUGGUUUGCUUUGCUGCUGUUUUUCUUCUUGAAUUAUAAACAGGAUCAAAUAAUAAGCCAUGUGUUUUCUAUUUCCCUCCUUAGAUUACUAGAAAAUUCAGGCUCAAUUCUGAUGGGAAACUAGAACAGACUGUCUCCAUGGCAACCACUACGCAGCCAAUGACUCAGCACCUUCACAUUACCUACAAGAAAGUGACUCCUUAAAACAAAGAGGAGGUUGUUUCACCAUAGAGGAAUCGAGGCCAAGAAAACGGAAGCAGCUUGGAAGCAGUGACUCUGUAUCUUUGUGAUCCAGUUCCUACCUGACAGCAGAAACUAUAGUUGCUGAAAGAAGUUAUUCUAAGGUUUCUGUAAUGGUAGACUUAAAAAACCAAAAGCCAAUAAAAAAACCCUUUAUUUUUAAAGGUGUAGCUUGGAAUGGUAUUAUGUUGAAUUAGAAAUGACUCCAUGUUGUCAUUUGUUAAAGAAGCAUUGAUAGUUUUUCCUUAUGAAGCAUGGAGGUGAUGGGAGACUUCUGUCUUCAGUUUCUUUUUGCAAUCUUUAUGGUUUGCAAACAAGGUGGUUUAUACAAAGGAAGAGGUCAUAGAUUCCUCUCAUUAAAUGCAGGCUAUGGCUAGAACCGAUAAAUACCUUUAAGAAGUUAAGCAAUCCUGAGAGAGACUAUGUUUUGUUUUAGUUUUUUAAACUAAUUUCUCAAGUCAUGAUGAGAGCCCAGAUCUUUUUCAGGUUUCUUAUAUAACCCAUGUUCUGUUGAAUAGGGUAAAACAAGAACUCCUUCCUUCAUGGCUUCAUGUAAUAACUUGAGCUUAACCAAAAGGUAUGGGAUAGAGAUAAAACAAUUGCACUAUCUUCCAUUACAGCUUUGUGGUUGUUCCAGGCUGGAAGCUCCUUGCACUACUCAGUCAUUGCUUUUAGUGUGAGCUGUGUUGAUUUUUCAUAUUCUCAGGAAAUACUCUGCUAUGUUCAAUAAACUAUUCUACUAUGGUCUGUCCACCAUGUAGUCAGGGUUCAGCCUGAGGAAGGAGCUUUGUCUUUCGAGAGAGCCAUAGCGAUGCGGCCACUCUAGAGAGCCCCAUUGGAGCUGUGUGAGUGGAUUUGCAAGGGAAACAAGACCAAGAGGGCACUAAUCCACUGCCACCCUGUCUGUGGCAGUUGGUUCAGUUUGCCCAGUGGUAGUACAGUGGGAGAAACUGGGGAAAUUACAAUUUUAUGGCAAUGUGUGGAUCUUGAUGGAGGCUUUGUGAUUGCACAUUAAAAGCCUUGUCUAUUAAACAUACGUAUGUUUAAUAAAUAGCAUUGGAAACGUU